AUGCCCGAUGCCAACCUCAAGCUUGACUAUGAAGAGAAUGGCGUGGUCAAGAUUCCUGGGGUUCUGGAGAUUGCCGAGAUCGACGCGAUUCGUGAGGCAUUUAUGGCCCAGGUCGAGGUGGACAGUGCAAGUCUCGCUCACAACGAUCAUGUCCCAGCGGAUGACAUCCUAGCGCGCUAUCCCCGCUUUGUCCACCCACAUCGUCAUCCCGAGUUGGAGGUAGGGCGGUUGGCUCGCAAGUACAUGUUGGAUCGUCGCAUCCUCGACCCGGUCGAGGCGACGAUUGGCCCAGUCAAUGGCGCGCAAUCCAUGUUUUACUUCAAACCGCCGAAAGCUCGCGGCCAGGCACUGCACCAGGACAAUCUAUUCCUGCAGUCACAUCCUGACACGUGCAUAGCAGUGUGGAUCGCAAUAGAUCCAGUUGACGAGGUUAACGGUGGGCUGCAGAUGGUGCCUGGUUCCCAUAAAUACGAGCUAGUCUGCCCCGGCGAUGCAAAUUCAGAAACCUCGUUCAGCCGUCAGGCGAUUCACCUACCCGAUGGAAUGACGGCCGAGCAGACGGUGAUGGCUCCUGGGGACGCUCUAUUGUUCCAUGGCAGCAUGGUGCAUGGAUCAGGACCAAAUCGGUCAGCCGACCGGUUCCGUCGGUCGCUCAUUUUCCACUAUGUGCCGCAGUCCAGUACCAAGAUAGCGAAAUUCUACCUCCCAUUAACUAGCCCCACUGGGGAGGAGAUUCUCGUGUCCGAGUCUCGUGAGGGCGGUGUGUGCGGCGACGCCUGGGUACCGUCUAGUCCACAUUGA